AUGGAAGUGCGUUGGAGUUCAGUCAUAGAUGUGUCACUAUCUUUCAAAAGGGGAGCGAUAUUGAGGUAUAUUGGCUGGGGGAAGAGCCAAGCACUACGCCGCGGCUUCCACAAAGAAGCCGAAUGGGAUGAUGGACCAGCUGAAAUAAGCCAUCUCAUACUCGUUGUUCACGGCAUCGGACAAAAGGGAUAUGAGAACCUCAUCGCUGAAAAUGCGCAGCAAGUCCGUGAGGCCGUCGUCGGUGCAUUGGAACGCUGCUAUCCUGAGGAAAAAGGGCGCCCAAUGUUUCUACCUGUGGAGUGGAGAUCAAUUUUGAAGCUAGACGAUGGAAUAACUGAUGUUAUAACAUUGCCAAAAAUGAGCAGCAUGCGCAAUGUUCUCAACAGUACUGCAAUGGAUCUUAUGUAUUACCAAAGUCCUCUCUAUCGUAGGGAGAUUGUGGGUGGUGUUGUUCGUCAACUAAACCGUAUUUACACACUUUUUACGGAGAAUAAUCCGAACUUUUCUGGUCCGGUAUCAAUAUUUGCACAUUCCCUUGGAUCUGUCAUCAUCUACGAUAUUCUUCUGCGGUGGUCUCCUUUCCAGCUUUAUGACAAAUAUGUUACGCAUGCUAUGGAUAUACAUCUAAAGGAGUGCACUGAUCCUGAAAAUAUUGAAGCUUUGAAGGCCUUUCAGAAAGCCAGAAAUGCAUUGUAUGAAAAAAUUGAUGGAGGAAUCAACAAAAUGCUCCAGUCCAAUGAUGAAGAGUUAAUGUUCAAGGUCAAGUAUCUAUUCGCCAUUGGAAGUCCUCUUGCUGUGUUUCUGGUAAUGCGUGGUGCCACUCAUGCUGAUCUGUUACCAGCCAAAAUGAAUGUGGAGCGGAUUUUCAAUAUUUUCCAUCCUUACGAUCCUGUGGCGUACAGAUUGGAACCAAUGUUCGUACCGGAGUAUCGCCACAUCCGUCCUUUAAAGCUGUUUACCAGUCAUGACCUACGUGCACGAGGCUCCUACGACGAGUUGCCACUGGACGUCUACAAAAGCUACAUGAAGAAGCUCAAAAACGAGGCGAAAGCGAAAAAGAAUAAACCGGUAAAGGCAGAAUACAACUUUUUAUGGUUUGCUCAGAAAUGGAUAUCGGGACUAGAUUGGCCAUAG